UUCUGCUCGUGUAUCGAUGAGCAGAGAUUGUGUGUUUUAGAUAUGAUUACAUUUUGUAUUUUCGUGAUGUGACAUUUCUCUAGUGAAAAAUAGUAAAAAUGCAAUCGAUACAAUUAGUGAUACGAUGUCUUUGGACUAUGUCAAUAUUCUUAUUAGCAGCGGGUAGAAUUCACAAACUUGAAAUACGGAAAGAUGUAAGGCGAUAUAUUGCUCUUAGUACCUUCGGUUUCUACAAAAAAGGCACUCUCGAUGUAAACCUGAUUAAUUUCAAGGCUGAGCCUUUUGACGAAAAUUCCGUGUUUGGAUUCAGUUUGGAUCGAACCCUAAACAGUGCGAUGAAUCCAUAUUUAGAUAGUCACCAGGAGAGAUGCGUACUUCAAAACAUUUCGAGCGUCGAAUCCGAUAUCGAACAAAGAGAUGACAGUGCAGUCAUAUAUUUUACAAUGGACUUAAAGAACAAUAAGUUGAAGGUAAAUUGUAGUCGAAAUGUACACACGGCAUAUAUUUACAACGAUUCCCGUAAAGUAGUCAAACUUCGGAAAAAGAGAGAUUCUCUUCCAUCAACGUUCAGCGAUACCGUUCUUUUUGCACGAAGAAAACGUUAUAAUUCGCGCAAUGUCGAAAGAUUCAUUAUCGAGGAUGAAUUUGAAUCCAGAUCGGAAGGUAAUGCCUGUUCUCGCGUCGAGUUACGGAUGACCGUACAGACUAUAAAAGGAAAAAGAUAUUACAAUACGAGUUUCGCUAUGUAUGUCGCCAGCGAGGAAGAGGAAGGGCUCUAUAAUCUUUACUUCCAUAACUGUCCGAAUUACAAAUAUGACUCUCGGGUUGCAUUAGAUUUUACGAUACAAAUAUCGGAAAUAAACAAUGGAAAUUUCCUCAGUGCAGGUGAAAUGCCACUACCAACUCUCUAUUUUAUGAUGGCACUUUUAUUCUUUUUAUCAGGUUGUUUCUGGUUAUUCAUUCUUAAGAAGAGCAAGCACCCCGUUUUUAAGAUUCAUUACUUAAUGGCGGUCUUGGUAUAUCUAAAAUCGAUGUCGUUACUCUUUCAUGGGAUUAAUUACCAUUUUAUUCAAACAAAAGGAGAACACGUUGCUGCUUGGGCAAUCCUAUAUUACAUUACCCAUUUACUGAAAGGAGCUGUGCUCUUUAUCACGAUUGUAUUAAUUGGUACAGGCUGGACAUUUAUUAAACAUAUUUUAGCAGAUAAGGAUAAAAAGCUCUUUAUGAUUGCGAUACCGUUACAGGUAUUGGCAAACGUGGCAGAAAUAAUAAUGGAAGAAAGCGAGGAAGGAGAUAUCGAACAUAAAACGUGGCGAGACGUUUUUCUUUUCGUGGAUUUGCUUUGUUGCGGUGCUAUUAUAUUUCCAGUAGUUUGGAGUAUCAAGCACGUAGAGGAAGCUGCGCAUACAGAUGGCAAGGCAGCAGUAAACUUACGCAAGCUCAAGCUCUUUAAGCAUUUUUAUAUUAUGAUAGUUUCUUAUAUUUACUUCACAAGAAUCAUCGUGUACUUACUUAAGAUUACAGUACCUUUUCAAUACGAAUGGUUAGAUGAAAUAUUCCGAGAAAUGUUCACAUACGUCUUUUUUGUCCUUACUGGGUAUAAGUUCCGAGCAGCAUCCACGAAUCCAUAUUUUACGUCAACUAAUGACGAAGCAAUUCCCGCUGAUGAUGACGACGAAACGGAUGUCGUUAUUUUUUCCAGUGUUUCCGGUGGUAGUGGUAUUACCGAGGGUCUUAGUAAAGUUAGCAAGGUUUCAAAAGUUUUAAGGCCCACAAUUUCGGAUAUUCCAGCCACUCAAGAGGAGAGAGAGUGUUUAUUUAAUAAGACAGAACCUUCUCACGAGUACGACUGAAUAACAUUAAAGUUGAUCGUAAUGAAUAAUUUCAUCAUGACCGAAAGUAAAAGACCCGUUUUCUGUCUUGUGAUAUUUCUAAACAGUACCAGCAGCUAGAAUUUAGCGCGAACAAUGUUUAAAAACAAUCUAAAGAAGACGGAAAUACGUAGUUAAAAAUAGCAUCAACUUCGUUAUUUGGAUUUGUUUUGUAUAUUUUUUGUAUAGCAGUAAAGCUGAUAUUUUAUUUAACAAAUGAUCACGUAUUGUGUUGCUUUUUAUUUUAAACUUGCAGUACCUAUAUGGAACUGAUUUUUAUUCGGAACUCAAUUCAAUUUUAUGUGGAAAUCGUUUCGUUCCAGAUUUAAGCAUGAUAUUUUUUCCAUUUAUCUAUUUCUUUACACGUUCUAAUCAUGUCAUCUCAGACUUUGUUACGCGAAUACAUUAUCUACUUCCCAAAAUGUAACCAUCGGACUUAAAAAUUUGAUGUAAUUUAUAAUUAUCGGUAGAGAAUAAUUAUAGAUAUUGGGCAAAGUUAAUCUAGGCGAUUUUAAAAGUUUAAUGUUUUGGAUACGCGAUAUAAUAUAAUUAUAUAUUUAGGAUUAUCCUUGAAUGUGAGCUCAAUGAGAGUAAAUUUGAGAUUUGAUAUGCAUCUUGCUGUAGCUAAUUUUCCUUAGGCAUUUAGUAAAACGAAGAAACAUUUCCAUUUGUGUUUCCCAUGACAAACUUAGUUUUCUUUGAAGGAAGGACUCGCGCUGCGGCGCUUUAGCAAUCUUGUGAUAAUGAGUUCACCAGAUUUGGUGAGUCAUGACCCAUUUUUGUAAAGCACUUGAUAACCUUUUAUUGUGUCAAGAGAAAUGUAAUAUGUUUUAAAAUGUUUAAUGUGUCCCAUUACGAAAUACUAUGAUUACUAUUACUAUUAUCUGUACUGUAUACGCGUUAUAGUAAUUAUUGUUAUGUCUGU